AUGCAGUUAACAGCUAAUGGAAAUAUGAAACAAUGUCAAUAUAUGGUACAAUGGAUAGUUACGCCUGAAUUGGGAAAAGUUAAUUUCCAAUUAAAUGUCAGAAUGCCUUCUAAUCAUUGGACUGGUGUAGGGUUUUCUAAUGAUGGUACUAUGACCAAUUCUGAUGCGAUAAUUGCAAUUUUGGGUAAAGAUGGAAGGAUAACAUUACAAGACCGUUUUUCGCCUAGCUAUGAUAAACCUUUACUUGAUACAAAGCAAAAUAUAGAGGAAAUUAGUAGCCAAUCAGUCGAUGGCCUCUGGGCUUUAAAUUUCUCUCGUUCUCUAUAUACCCAAGAUGAUUUACAAGAUGCUGAUUUAAGACAAUGCCAACAUUUUAUUUUCUUACAUACAGCUAAUCCUUUGACUUCUGAAAGUGAUGAAAUGAAGAAACAUAUUAAAACACCUAUAAUUUCUGAAAACAUGAUAUGUUUGGGUAAAUGUGGACAAAAAUUGUCUUCUACAACGGCAGAUGUUUCUAUUGACGUUACAACUGAAGUGUCAACAACAGAAAAACAACAAGAAACACAAUCUACAUCUCAACAAACAACAUUACCAACAACAAAAGAAGCAGAGAAAACAACACAAACAUCAGAAAUAGAACAAACAUUUGCUAUAACAGAAACAACAGAGAAACAAACAACAGAGAAAACAAAAACAACUACUUCAACAUUGUCCCGACAACAAGAGAAACCCGAAGACGAACAAAUGAAUAAAAACUUGGUUGAAGAAACACCUGAGAUUGUAAAACAACAACAAAAUGUUGUAGACGAAAAAUACAAAAAGAAAGUAUUUAAUGUUGCAAUUAAACUUCCUAAUGAAAAAUGGGAUGAAAAAUUGGGAGAACCUGAAUCUGAAGAAUUUUCUUUAAUGUCUCAAAAGUUGAGCAAUUCGCUACAAUCACUCAUCUCUAUUAGAUGGCCCUCACUUCAAAUGAUUAACGUACAGAAAUUUGCUGAGGGAAGUGUUCUUGCAUUACUUCAAAUGACUUUUAACACAACUUUAAAAAAUAAUGAAGAAUUACCAACUACCAAACAAUUAAAACAUUUCCUGAAAGAAGCUGCUGCUCAAAAAAUGCCUGCAGAAUUAAUUUUAGAUUCAGAAAUGUUGGAAGUACAAGAAAAUGAAGAGGAGGGAGGAGAGAUAAAUGACACAAACGAAAUUGGGGAAGAAAAGGAAAAAGUAGCUUUAAUGGGGGGACAAUGGCAAGGAUGGCUUUUGGCUGUUUUAGGGACUUUUAUGUUACUUUCUAUUGCCACAGCUCUUCUAUUUUGUGCUUUUCGUAACAGAAAACAGUCACGGCAGCAUCAGACUUAUCCAACAAAACACCAUUCUUCCUUGCAUCGUCAUAAUCAAAAUAAUUUACGAGGAAAUAAUCUUUUCUUUAACGGAGCAGCUAAUAAUUAUAAUCAAAGCCAUUAUACUCCUUUCCCUGGGGAAAAAGAAGACAGAGCAAGUGAAAACAGUACAACUGCCAAAACAAAUAAUAGUGGAGGUGAGAGUUGUAAUAAUGUGCCGAACGGUGUUAAAACGCAAAAUAAAAUGGUGGAAACUCCUCGGGGUAUUGGAGAGGCUAGCUAUCGUGAAUGGUUUAAAAAGGUAGCAUCAAAAGAUACCCCAACCCACUAUCAAGAAAAUUAUUGGCAAAUACCCCCACCAACUCCAAUGCCAAGGUCUGCAAGUCACGGAGGACAAACGCCAGUACACGCACCUUCUGCUUCUCCAUACCUUUCUUAUCCGAACGAUCCAACUUAUUAUACAUUAAAUGGAGAACAUAGAAUUGUACCUCCACCGCCUGCUUACUACCGACCUUUUUAA